AUGAGCGGUCGCAAAAUUGCGGCAGCGACUGUUCAGAAUCGUACUCAAACACCAUUCUGGAACUGGCUCAAGCAAAAGCUUCUCGCUUCCGAUAGACAGCCGAUCACACCUCCACCUGGAAUCGCCGGACCAGACGGAAAAGCUGUGUACCAAAAUCCUCUCCGAUUCCCAAACACUCAGGCGGCUCGUCCCGGAUCUGCUGAGCUACCAACUCUUCCAGGAGGUGUCCACCACAAACUUGCUGAAAAUUACUACCUAACCAGAGAUGGCCGUAGAACUGUCGAACCACCAAAGGUCCUCUACUCGGAUGGAGCGAUUAGUGGAGAGCCAGUUCAAGUGAACCAAGGAGUGUCCAGUAACUUUGGGCUGCCAGCCCCAACCCCUGGAUUUGGAGCCGAAUGGAAUCGAUCGAAAGAAAAUGAGCUGUCUAGCCAGCAAAACAACACCGAGUACGAAUACUUGCAGCGUUUCGAUAAGUUCGCCAAAAGCAACUGA